AUGACGCAUACGUUGAGCAUUACGUCGAAGCUACUCGUGAGGUCAUCAGACGGCUCGCGGGCCCCUUCCGUGCGUUGCAAUAUGCCAGGGAAUCCAAACUCCUCGCCCUGCUGCUCUACCAUGGUCUCACGACGGGCCUCGGUCACUCCACCCUGGGGGAGGAGUACUGCGGCAUACUGCAGGUGGCAGCCGCCCCGCCCCAGGGCCGCAAUAUUGCAUGCCAGCAUUACACCUCAUGUUACCCCCGGGGAGCCAGGGAAGGACGUCAGACGGGAGGGGGAGCCAGGGAAGGACGUCAGACGGGAGGGGGAGCCAGGGAAGGACGUCAGACGGGAGGGGGAGCCAGGGAAGGACGUCAGACAGGAGGGGGAGCCAGGGAAGGACGUCAGACGGGAGGGGGAGCCAGGGAAGGACGUCAGACGGGAGGGGGAGCCAGGGAAGGACGUCAGACAGGAGGGGGAGCCAGGGAAGGACGUCAGACAGGAGGGGGAGCCAGGGAAGGACGUCAGACAGGAGGGGGAGCCAGGGAAGGACGUCAGACGGGAGGGGGAGCCAGGGAAGGACGUCAGACGGGAGGGGGAGCCAGGGAAGGACGUCAGACGGGAGGCUUUCCGAUCCGGGCACCAGGUUGUGUUCUUCGUGGGGCCUUACGUGGCCGAUCGGCUGGCGGGACGGCUGGACAGCGCCGCGGAGGAGGAGGAGGGCACGGCGGCGGAAGGUGCAGCCGCCGCCGCCGCCGCCGUGAGUGCCGCGACAGACGCGACGGGGGGAUCAUAUCCGGAUGAGGACGCUGCGGCGGCAGCAGCGGAGGAUUUGCGCCAGGUUUCGGGGCGGGAAGCCGGCAGGGGGCCUGGCUCAGUGGCGAUAACAACAGCAUCCGCAGCAUCCGCAGCGGCGGCGGCGACCCGUCUAGGAGUGGGUGCUAGAUCUGGUGACGGAGGAGGGGGAGGCGGAGGAGGAGAAGGAGGAGCACCAAGCGGACGGGGAUGGUUGCGGGUGUUUUUGGCGGCUGUGGUGGCACGAUGGUCUCGGAGCUGGCGGCGGCUGGUACUGUCCUGGCCGCAAUUAAGGCGGGUUCUGGGCUCGUGGGUGAUGUGGGUCACCGUCGUGUUGAUCCGAAAUGCGAAAGUACGAAAGCCCCUGCUCUCCUACUCGGGGCGCCUGCACCUGGCCCUGUUUUACACGUACGGCGCCUACUACAGCUUGGCGCACCGGCUGGCGGGAGUGCGCUACAGCCUGUCCAUGCGGCCACUGCAGGGCGUCCUCGGUGUGCUGCUGGGGCUGCAGCUGGCGGUAGUGGCGGCGCUGCAAGCCAGGAACGCCCUGCGCAAUAUGCGCCGUCGAAGCACGGCCGCCGUCGCGGCGGCGGCCGCUGCCACCAAACGCCGUACAGCGCGGCGGCGGCAGCGGCCAGGGGCCCAGGGGCCUGGGCGGCUGUCUGGCGACGGCGCUGGGGACGAAGAGGGUGAGGAGCAUUUGUACUCCGCGGAGGGUGAGCCCGCAGUCUUCCUUGAGGAUGAGGAUGGCGAGGAGGAAGAGGAUGGAGAGAGUGACGAGGCGUAUCAAGAGGAGGCGGAGGCGGAGGAGGGAAUGGAACGCGACGGCCCAACUGGCAGCGGGCAGCAGCCGGCGGGUGACAGCGGUGUGGAUACCGGGAGGCGUGGAGGAGAAGAGGCCAGGAGAAGAGGACUGGGCGACUGGAGCAGCGGCAGCAGCGCCGGUGGUGUAGCGGUGGUAAUGGAGGGCUGGGAGGGGGUUGAGCGACAGGAUGACGGCGGUGAAUCGGGUUGGGAGGCGGACAUCUUCGGCGUCGCGUCGAUGUCAACUUCGGUACAGCGGCAGGGACCGUGUGUGGAGAAGCCCGAGUGCCCGUUGUGCCGUACGGCCGUACGGCUGCCUCAGCUGAUUCGGUCGCCGUUUCCAUUCUGCGCCUGCAACCGCACCCUGCCUGGCCUGGUCCCUUUCAACUUCGACAAGACACCGUCGCUCAGCCUGAACGGCGACAACCGCCGGUACUGCCUGACGCUCCGUACAGUGCCGUGCGCGGACCCUAGCAGCCCCUGUUGUGGCCAGGCGCUCUCCAAAGUGGAGUGGUGGUCCAGGGAGAGCUGUCGCGGGUCCGUACGGGCCGUGUACCUGGACGGGAUCAAGAUCGACUCGCAGUGGGGCGUCAAUGGGACGUUCAAGAUCCCCCAGCUGAACAUGGCCCCCAGCUCGGUUCCCCUCCAGGGCCGGCAAGUGUGUCUGGAGCUCUUGUCGACGUCCACAUGCCCCACCCUGGCUACCUUCUGUGCCAAGGGAGGCCUGGGUGCCUGCACGUAUUCCAUGUUUUCGGAGGACAAGGAUUGCUGCCCGAUCGGCACAUUCGUAACGCUUGGCAGGCGCUGA